GUUCGUCGACGCCUCGAAAAGCUCCGGCCGGGAGUUUGCCAAGACCCACGAAAUCUUUCCAACGACGCGCUGCACUCCACGCUACACCUCCUCGCGGCAUUGUCCCCGCCGUCACGCUCCCUGCUCAUUGCCACAGAGUCUCUAAUGGGGCUGCUCUGACCAAUUGGUUCCGAACAACCUGCCCGACGCCGCUGCUACCGAACACGAUGCUCGAAAUCUCAUGUCCCUCCUCCGCACCCUCGAUCGGACCUCCGCCGUCUCGCAGCAUCCAGCGCCGUUCCUCACCUUUCUAUGUCCCGUCUUACAGCAAACCAAGGGCUCUCGGCGCAGCUUCAACCAUGCCGCAAUGAGCCAUGCCACGCCCUCAGGCACCACCAAGGACCAUCUUAUGGAGGCUGCCUUCAUCCGGGCCCUCGUGCGCGCCGGCUCCUGUCAGAAGCACGCAAGGCAGAUGCACACGCUGCGCAACGCCAUCCCGCGAUUAUCACGGCAACAAGAGACGUGCCAGAACCACGGUAUAGACCAUGACCGCCACCCUGUUCGUCGAGGCUUGAAGACGCGAGCGCAACAUGAGGGUCCUCUUGACCGGGCAAGCGAAUUUGCAAAGAAAGAGCUCAAAGCCAUGGUGGAUUACUACGGGAUUAAAGUCGACACGCGGCCGGAGGAUGACGAUCUGGUGGACGAUGGUGGGCCGCUGGUAUGGAAUGUAGGCGACAACCACGAGCCGUGGCCUGUCCGCGAGGUCACUGACUCCUACAACAUACGAAAACUGAAGAAAAUGCUCGAGAAUGACGAGUCGCCCCACGAAGAAGUCUUCAACAUGUACAAGAAGCUCCCCGCACCAGGCGUCGUGUACCUCGACAUAGAUACCAUACGAACCCUGCUACACCACCUGUCCAUUGUCGAACGCCCGUCCCUCGCAGCUAUGCAGCGUUUUACCUCCAUACUAGACGAUAUGAAGAGUGCACACAUACAUAUCAACCAGGCUGAAUGGACUACAGCCGUCUAUUUCGCCGGUCGCAGCAUGGGCACUGUGUCUGAAGAGGAUGUCGCAUCGGCACUGCACACGUGGCGCGACAUGGAGCACCGCGCUGGCGUCAAGGGCGGCUUUGUGACGCUGAAUGUUCUCUUCGACGUGGCUGUCAAGGCAGGGAAGUACACCCUGGCUGAGACGUUCCUGAAGGAGUUGCAAGUGCGCAAGCUCAAGCUACACCGCCAUUUCAGAGUCUCAUUGCUGUACUAUUACGGUGUGCUGCGGAAUGGCAAUGGCGUCAGGCAGGCCUACCAAGAUCUUGUGGAGGCCAACGAUGUCGUCGACACCGUGGUUAUGAACGCCGUCAUUGCUGCUCUCUUUCGUGCUGGCGAACCUACAGCUGCAGAGCACGUCUUCGAGCGGAUGAAGAGACUUCAUGCCGCCAAGAACCCGUCUGCGCCAGGUCAUAGGUUCUUCAUGAACAAUUGGCGGGAUCGUCGAGCAGUAGGUUUACACUUUACUCAUCAAGCCCGACGACUCAAACGUGAAGAUAAGAUGGAGGAAUUGAACGAGCUGCAGGAAUAUGCGCCAAUCUCUCCCAACCCGCGCACCUAUUCACUACUCAUACGACAUCAUUCCACUGUGUCUGGAGACAUUGAUCGCGUUAAUGAACUGCUGCAGGAAAUGCGGUAUAACUCUGUAUCUGUCGAGGGCACUACUUUCAUCGUCAUGUUCCACGGUUUCGGCUCCUUUGGCGGCGUGCGGUAUUCUUCCUGGACACCCGACAAACUCGAGAAAGUGUGGGCCCAAUUCCUACAGGCUUUGGCAAACUCAGCGGACCGCACAUGGCUUUCGAGCUUGGCCGUCAUUGCAGCUUUGAAGGCAUUCAAACGAUGCACAGACCAAGAACGCACCUUGAGUGCGUGGGAGGCGAUCCGGGCCAUUUGGAAUCCCAACGAAGCAGAGCUCGAGAGCGUCAUGCAAGUGCUUCGGAGAACCGACGUAAGAUCAAGCUUCUUCAGCAAGAACGUCAUGGGACGGAUACGAUAAUUGUACUAGUAUGUAACAUGAUUAAACCCACGGCAACUUUC